AAGAGGAAGAGAGAUAUGGAGUUGUUGAGUUGUCUGCUGUGUUUGCUUGCUCCUUGGACUUCAAUUUACAUCAUGUUUUCAGCCAGAAGAGGAAGCAAACAUACUGCUUACAAACUUCCUCCGGGACCAGUUCCGCUUCCCAUAAUAGGAAACCUCUUAAACCUGGGUAACAGGCCCCAUGAGUCCCUCGCCAACCUUGCAAAAACUUACGGCCCAAUUAUGACUCUCAAACUUGGCUAUGUAACCACAAUAGUCAUCUCUUCUGCCCCCAUGGCCAAAGAAGUCCUCCAAAAGCAGGAUCUCUCCUUCUGCAACCGAUCCAUCCCUGAUGCCAUCCGAGCCGCAAACCACAACCAACUGUCGAUGGCCUGGAUACCUGUUUCAACAACUUGGAGAGCCCUUCGAAGGACAUGCAAUUCGCACUUAUUCACUUCUCAAAAACUAGACUCUAACACCCAUCUCCGCCACCAGAAAGUGCAAGAGCUUCUUGCGAAUGUUGAACAGAGUUGCCAAGCUGGUGGUCCUGUAGAUAUAUGCCGAGAAGCUUUUAGAACUAGUCUCAACUUGUUAUCCAACGCCAUAUUUUCUGUGGAUCUUGUUGAUCCAAUUUCUGAGACUGCACAAGAGUUUAAAGAGUUGGUGCGUGGUGUGAUGGAGGAAGCUGGGAAACCCAACUUGGUAGAUUAUUUUCCGGUGCUCAGACAGAUUGAUCCACAAGGUAUAAGGCGUCGUUUGACAAUUUAUUUUGGAAGGAUGAUUGAGAUCUUUGAUAGAAUGAUCAAGCAACGGUUACAGCUAAGAAAAAUUCAAGGUUCAAUAGCUAGCAGUGAUGUGUUAGACGUUCUUCUCAACAUAAGUGAAGAUAACAGCAAUGAGAUUGAAAGAAAUCAUAUGGAACAUUUGUUAUUGGACUUAUUUGUUGCGGGGACUGACACAACCUCGAGCACAUUGGAAUGGGCAAUGGCAGAGCUGCUACACAACCCUGAAAAACUUUUGAAAGCCCGAAUGGAACUCCUGCAAACCAUCGGCCAAGACAAACAGGUUAAAGAAUCAGACAUCACUCGACUCCCUUACGUGCAAGCGGUGGUGAAAGAAACCUUCCGAUUGCACCCAGCAGUUCCAUUUUUACUCCCACGCAGAGUUGAAGAGGACACAGAUAUAGAAGGGUUCACAGUCCCAAAGAAUGCACAGGUGCUGGUGAACGCAUGGGCUAUAGGUCGAGACCCGAACACAUGGGAGAACCCCAACUCAUUUGUGCCAGAGAGGUUCUUGGGGUUGGACAUGGACGUGAAGGGCCAGAAUUUUGAGCUGAUUCCGUUUGGUGCUGGCAGGAGAAUCUGUCCUGGGCUGCCAUUGGCAAUCCGGAUGGUUCACUUGAUGCUGGCCUCGCUCAUUCACUCCUAUGAUUGGAAACUUGAAGAUGGGGUGACACCGGAGAACAUGAACAUGGAAGAAAGAUAUGGCAUUAGUUUACAAAAGGCUCAGCCCCUGCAAGCUCUACCUGUACGGGUUUGAAGUUGUUAAUCUUGUGUGCUGAAGUAAUCUCCUGUUUCUUUGGGUGCUCUGCUGGGUUUUAAGCUGUGUUGUCAUAA